AUGGCGUCAGAGAAGAAGCUAUCGAACCCAAUGAGGGACAUCAAAGUGCAGAAACUUGUUCUCAACAUCUCCGUCGGUGAGAGUGGAGAUCGUCUCACCAGAGCCUCCAAGGUGUUGGAACAAUUGAGUGGCCAGACUCCAGUUUUCUCCAAGGCAAGAUACACCGUUCGUUCUUUUGGAAUCAGACGUAACGAGAAGAUUGCUUGCUACGUGACUGUCAGGGGAGACAAGGCAAUGCAGCUCCUUGAAAGUGGACUCAAGGUCAAAGAGUACGAGCUCUUGAGGAGGAACUUUAGCGACACUGGUUGCUUCGGUUUUGGUAUUCAGGAGCACAUUGAUUUGGGUAUCAAGUAUGAUCCAUCCACUGGAAUCUACGGUAUGGACUUUUACGUCGUUCUUGAGCGUCCCGGUUACCGUGUGGCACGUCGCAGAAGGUGUAAGGCUCGUGUUGGGAUCCAGCAUAGAGUGACCAAAGACGAUGCCAUGAAAUGGUUCCAGGUCAAGUACGAAGGAGUCAUUCUCAACAAGUCUCAGAACAUUACUGGUUAA